AUGAUGAGCCGGAAUUUAGGGAUACCGGUGAAGCUUCUUUACGAGUCGUCCGGUCAUGUAGUGACGGUGGAGAUGAAGAGCGGUGAGGUGUACAGAGGAAGCUUGAUCGAAUGCGAAGAUAACUGGAACUGUCAGAUUGAGAACAUCACUUACACGGCUAAGGAUGGUAAGGUAUCGCAGCUUGAGCAUGUCUUCAUUCGAGGAAGCAAAGUCAGGUUUAUAGUGAUACCAGACAUGCUGAAGGAUGGUCCAGUAUUCAAGAAAUUAGAGGGUAAAGUCAAGGGUCCUGGGCGUGGAACAGGAGGAAGGGGAGGGGUGCCACCCGUGAGGAGAUAG